AGCUCGCCAUGGUCGGUCCGGGAAAGGCCUCCGGCAAGGGGCGGUCGCGCUCGGCGCGGGCCGGGCUGCACUUUCCAGUGGGGCGCCUGCACCGGCUGCUGCGGCGCGGGCACUACGCGGAGCGUGUUGGAGCGGGCGCGCCCGUCUACCUGGCGGCGGUGCUGGAGUACCUGACCGCGGAGAUCCUGGAGCUGGCGGGCAACGCGGCCCGCGACCACCGCAAGGCGCGCAUCGUGCCGCGCCACGUCCAGCUGGCCGUGCGCAACGACGAGGAGCUGGGCCGCCUGCUGGGCCGCGUCACCAUCGCGCAGGGCGGCGUCCUGCCCAACAUCCCCGCCGCCCUCCUGCCGCGCAAGGCCGCCGCCGCCGCCCCGAGCAAGACGCGCCCGGAGCAGGACUUCUCGCAGGAGUACUAGGCGCCGCACGGGCCAGAAGGGCCGGCACUGCUCUGGACUGGACUGUGGCGCGGAGGGGCCCGACUUGCCCUCCCCUGCCCACUCUUGGCUCAUU